AUUAAUUGCCUUUUUCAUUUAAUCACUUUUGCUAUUAACAUCAGAAUUAAAUGUACAUUUUAUUGCGAUGUUUCUUUUUGAGAUAUACGUUUUCACUAUACUAUUUUAUUCCUCCUCUGGUCUGAAGCUUGGGAUUGAUGCAGCUAAACCCAAAAUUCUGGGAGGUGAUGACGCACCAGAUGGCGCUAUCAAAUAUCAGGUGUCCCUCCAAAAUUUGGGUAGCCACUUUUGUGGUGGAUCCAUCAUAGAUAAAAAAUGGGUGGUAACUGCUGCUCACUGUAUGGUUUACCGUCCAAGCAAUUCUUUCCAAGUUGUAGUGGGAAUCAAUAAACUGUCAGACAAGGGUAAAGAAUAUACACCUGAUAAAGUGAUAAUCCACGAAAAGUUUGACAAGAAACUUUUUACAAAUGAUAUAAGCCUUGUGAAAAUCGAGCCUGGGAUAGAACUUAAUGAUAGAGUGAAUCCAGUGGGUUUGCCUACUACUAACAUCAAUUCAGGAGCAACUCUGACAAUAACAGGAUGGGGCAGGAUUAGUACCAAUGGUCCACUACCAAAUAAUCUCCAGAUUGUUGAAGUUACUUCGAUAACAACUGAACAGUGCAAGAUACAAUAAAAAUUUUUCAAACAGCCGAUUACGCCUUCACAUCUUUGCACACGUGCGCCACCUCGAGAGGGAAGCUGUCAGGGAGAUUCCGGCGGUCCUUUGGUAAGUAAUGGAACUAUUGCUGCCCUGGUUUCCUGGGGGACAAGAAGCUGUGGUCAUAGCCGAGUGCAUCCCGAUGUCAACACUAGAGUCUACUCUUUCCUUGCUUGGAUAAAAGAUACGAUGAGCAAAAAUUAAAAUGAAUAAAUAUUUGCAUUGAGUA